UAUAUUUUUGUACAUGGUGUGAUUUUGACAUAUCAAUAGUUUCAGUCUUUUUUCUAACUCUAAAAUUUAUAAUUUAAAUCUUAAAUAUUUUCCGAGAUUAUUUUUUUAUUCUACACCUUCUACUUACCCACAAAAUUUUUAUAAUAAAAUAUCUAAAAAAUAAUUCGCCGUAUUUUUUAUAGAUAAAAAAUGUCGACAAUUUAUCCAACUUUAUCACAUCUGCCAGCGAAAGAAAGCUUCGAUGACGACGAGCUGACGGACAUCGACGACGAAGUCUUCAUAAGAGACGGAAAAACAAGUGGUGGAUUUAAAUCACAAGAUGAAGGAGUAAAGAGACCACUGAUGGCACCGAGAAAAAAACGACGAACCAGCUUCGACACUCAAAAAUUACCUCUGAGAGCUCUGCUGCUGCCAAUGUGCUACGGGAUUAUGGCUCUGGUUAUUUUGCUAGGACUCAUAAUGCUCUGCGUCGUAACAGUCAAUGUUUUUCCGGUUCCGUUUACGAUAAUUAAAAAUUUGUUUCCUCCCAAAGAAAAUUCUGGGGUUAAUUUAACAAAUGAAAUACUUCCUUGCACGUCGUUAUCCUCGAGCAUCGUCUGGGUGAGGACUCUGCCAAAGUUGACAUCAGAGGCACCACUGAGAAGCGUCGACGUUGAUGGCGACGGUGUCGAGGACAUAAUCGUUGGUUUCAGCACAGGUCUCGAUACUCUCGAUGCACCAGAGUUUCUUUGCAAUCUCUACUUCAAGGGCCAGACUCCGUGUCUAGGAGGCGUGAAAGCCCUGGACGGCAGGACAGGCGAUACCAUGUGGACCCACUGGACUGAACACGCGAUUUUCUCAAUAGACUGCGCAUUUGACAUAACCGAUGACAAAGUAAAAGACUGCAUAAUAACAGGACGUGGUGGAAUCCUCCACGCGGUUGAUGGGCAAGAUGGGGCUGCCAUUUGGGAGGUUUCAAAUAAAGAAUUUCCUGCCAGCGUUAUGGAACCAGAGAUUAUUUUGAACGUCUACGACGCUCGGUACAUGACAGACAUCGACGGUGAUGGCACCGUUGAUGUCAUUGUCUCGCAUACCACCCAGACUGGCACGCUACGCUCCAGUGAAAUAAUAAUGCUUUCCGGUAAAACUGGUACUGUUAUUAAAACAAUAGACUUUUCGAAAAACGAACAGUUGUUUAUUGCGCCCCAGACUUUAGUGCAUCCUGAUGGUGAAAUCAUGUAUUUGCUGGCAGCCUCUACACCAGAACAGUCUGGAGGUCUCUAUAUUAUUUCACAUUCUAAUUUAUUGUAUGGCAAAAUGAAUUUAAGGACAUUGCAGUAUGGUAAAGGCAAGGGAGUAUUAUUAGCUCCAAUAUUAGUGGACAUAACAUUGGAUGGGACUGCUGACAUAAUAGUGUCCUCACUAGACUCUAGAGUACGAGCAUACAACGGUCGUACUUUUGAAUUAAUUUGGAACUACACAGUACCUGAAUCAGAAAUAAUAAGUAUACCGAUCCCCGGUUAUUACAAUGAUGAUAACGUUCCCGAUAUAAUGGUGAAGCACCAAGUGGGUCCAGGAUUCCCAGUUUAUUAUUACUCGGUCUCGACAAUUUUGGAUGGGAAGACCGGGAAGCCGCUGCUGGAACAACCGAUCAAAGAUAGUGGCAAUGGACAAAUGUCGGGCUUAUCUUUAUCUGUUGAUGGUCCAGGCAAUGAUUGGUUUUUGUACUGGUCAGCAAACUGCGUGGACCACAGCGAUGUCGAUGAAAAGUAUCGGUUUCUAAAAGGGCAAACACUGCUAUCGCAAAGCCGCGCAAAUUUGUGCAAAUUAAGAUUCAAUACGACACUAAACAGACGGCUGCUGGCGAUGAGCCAACACGUGGGCCCACCCGGACAGUCUUUGUACUUUUCCGAGGACUGGAAGUCAGUGGAACUCAAUAAUUCCGUUGACGCGAGACAGGAAACGGAAGAAUAUUUAAAUAAUUUGCCUUCACAGAUUGAGAUGAACAACGCCAUGGAAAAUGGCCCUAUGACAGCACCACGUGAUAAAUCUAAAGCUAAUACGCAAGAGAGAAUCGAAGAUGAAAGAAUAAUUAAUGAUUUUCCAAGCAUGGAGAGUAAUCUGGGAGUUAAGAUACCCGAUGAAAUGAAUUAUCUUGUAAAUAAUAAUAAUAAUAAUAAUAAUAAUAAUAAUAAUAAUAAUGAAAGAAAAGAAGCUGAAAGUUACCCAGCUUACAAUGAUUUAGCAGAAUACAAGACAAAAGUAUCAAAUGAUUUCCCUGGGGAAGUAGAGUGGAGUAAUUCCAACAAUAACGACUGGAAUAAUCUGCCACUGGAGAUAAGGUAUGACCGCAAUGACCCAAAUUCACAGGAACCAAACCGACGUCGGAAGCGUAGCAGUAAAUUUGCUGAGUCGUCAAAAAUAAAACGCGACAUUAAUAUAAAUAAUAAUAAUAAUAAUAAUAAUAAUGAUAAUGGUAAUAAAAACUAUGAAGGUAUUGAUCAGAGUAUACAGAGACAACCACCAACAGGGCUAUUUCUGCCGUCACUUGUUAAAAAUCCCAGGACUACAUCUAUAGACGUCGUUUUUUCUACCUACUGGCUGCCACCUUCUGAAGUAUCCCUCGUUUUGCUGCAGCAGGAUCUUGAGUGCAUUCAUUUGAAGGAAGAAUCAGCGCGGCGUAAAAUAGAAGCUUAUGAACGUGAAAAUAUUAUCGCUGAUUGUUUGGCUAACCGAGGUAUUAAUUACAAACUAUAUCGCGAGGGUUUGGAUCGCGAAAAUGUUAAAUUUUCGCUUGGACAAAUGACGAUAUAUAGAAUGAAACUCGAGUGCGUUUGUCCAGAAGACUUAUUACCUGGACAGGCAUGCAAUAAUAUCUCGAGGACGCAGAGUUGGCCAGCACAUUUGGGUCGCAAUGGUGAUGGUUAUUUUCGCCCGUUUUUGAAACCUAAUACGUGAAUAUUUGAAUAUUAAAAAAUUUUAUUUUAAUUUCAAAUUAUUAAUUGUAUUAUAAAAUAAUUUAUUUAUUAAAUUUUCAUGUCUUAAGAAUUUAAAACGACAGUAUUUAUUUUAAAAAUUUAUUUAUUAAAUAUUUAACGUCUCAGCUGUCUUCGUUUAUUGAUUUGAAUAUAUGAUAAAAAAUGUGGAGAAUUAUAAUUAAAAAAUAAAGCAAUUACAUUUUCUGCUGCAAUUGAUUAUUGAUUUUUUUUACCCACAUAAAAUUGUUUUGAAAUAUUUUUCCAUAGGAAUUCAGUUCAUCUACCGCAGAGUUGUCCUCAAACUGUUUGAUCAAUAUUUAAUAUUUUAUCUCAAAUACUAUCACGCACUUUUUUCUUCCACUUGCUUUCCUUGACAUUGCGCACUUGUCAAAAAAAAAUUUAUAAGUUUAUUAAGUUUAUAAAUUAUCAAUAAUUAUUAUUUACUAGCUUUCCAAAAAGUAAUAAUUAAAUUUUUGAGUUUAUUUGCGCGCGGUAUUUAAAUAAAGUAAAUAAAAAUAUGUAUAUGUGUAAUUUAGAAAGUAAAAAUGAUGAAUUAAUAAUACCAAAUGUACGAAGAAUAUUUGAUUAUGACUCUCGCAUAAUGACCGCGAGAAAUUUAUUGUCCAAAGGAACUCAAACGGAUUACAGAGAUAGCGAGACACAGACCGUACCUUGGGAGCCACCUUAUAAACUUGCUACAGGUAUUUUAAAAAUCUAUAAUUAUAAACAUAAAUUAUUACUUUCGAUACUGAAUAAUAUAAAAUAAUAAUAAUAAUAAUAAUAAUAAUAAUAAUAAUAAUAAUAAUAAUAAUAAUAAUAAAUAUUUUUAUCCAGGUAGUAAAC